GAAUGUCUAGGCCCCUCUCGCCCUCUCCCUCCCUAUUCCCUUUUAAAACACCUUUCGAUCGCUGCUCAUUAGGCCCUUUUACACAACAAUACCAGCUUCUGUUUACUUCCCUCUAUAGCCCUCUAUCUCAAAUUUAUAAUUCUUUCACUGGAUAAUAUAAUCAAGAAAACUUUUCAUUUCUACGCCCCAAGCUCGUGAAGAAAAUUCCAUCUAAAUGACUCCAAUGAUCCUUAAUUCGUCACCUAUCGUUCUCGAGAGAAAUGAAGAACACGAUGAUCAACACCCCUUGCUAUCUGGUGCAAACCAUCAAAUUGCUUCAUCGUCUUCACUCUCAUGCCAUUAUUUCUUCAACCCAACUCUAGAUCAAGCGAAAUUUUAUCGCCAUGAAUUCUACCGGCCUCAGCAGCAUCAAAAGGAUGUUAAUUACGCCUAUGAUAGUGGUCAUAAAUUAACUCUUUGGAAGAAAGAAAAUCCAUCUGAAAGUGUACUGGAGAAUAAUAAUAGUCCUGUUAAGUGGAUGUCUUCGAAGAUGAGAUUGAUGCACAAGAUGCAGAAUUCGGAUCGUGUUAGUCUAAAAAUAACUAAUAAUGAAACAAAAAAGUUAGAAAAUCGUCAGAAGCAGACAUCCUCUUCUUUGGAAACUGAUUUAAGCAGAAACAGUUCUUCAAACAAUAAUAACCCAAUUAGGGUUUGUGCUGAUUGUAACACAACCAAGACCCCCCUUUGGAGAAGUGGUCCCAAAGGUCCUAAGUCUCUUUGCAACGCCUGUGGGAUUAGGCAAAGAAAGGCGAGGCGAGCCAUGGCUGCAGCAUCAGCUGAUGAUGCUAAUGGGAUGGCCAUUACGACUGAACCAUCGCCAAAGAAGAUCAAGGUGCACCACAAAGACAAGAUUAGCAAAAAUAGACACGCAGCACAUUUGAAAAAGCAUUGUAAAAUCACUGCUGGACCAUCCAAUGAUAAGAAGAAACUCGGCUUUGAGGAUUUCUUGAUAAAUUUGAGCAAGAAUUCGGCCUUUAACCAAGUAUUUCCACAAGAUGAGAAGGACGCUGCAAUCCUGCUAAUGGCUUUAUCUUCUGGUCUUGUCCCCGGUUGAUUCGAUUUCUACAAAAAUCAGAGUGUCUUUUUUUUUUUUAAAUUUAGCUAAAUGUACUAGGAUUAAUUAGAAUUAGAAGAACGAAUGUGUGAGAAUGAGUGAGAUUAUUUUGUAAUAAUUUAAUUAAAAAAAAAAAGCAUAGUAAAUUUGUGUGGCAAUCUUGUAAAAGUUUUGAUGGAUUUGAACAAGUUGGUAACUUGGAUCUCUUGUUCAAUAUCCAUUCCAUCAGUUAAUGCUAUCAAACUAAAUCAAUUAAGACUUUUUUCUGCUA